GAGUAAACAGCGCCAAAAAGCGACCGCGACGGACAAGAGAUGGAGCCCAGUGUCGAACCUGCGGCCUAUUGCACCGCCAUGCGCACGCGGUCCUUGUCGACAAAGGCGACCCCUGCCUUGCCCCCCGCGAUUGAAAACAUGGACGACUUUCUAUUCGACUUGCCGAGCAUCAACAAGAUGCUCGUGUCGUCCGAGUCGACGUCGUCGUCCGACGAGACGAUCAAGGCGGACGCGAGCGUCGGGCCGUACAGCCGCCAGCACCGGUACCGCCAACGACAAAAGGACGAGCGCAAGUUUCUCCGCGACCAAGUCGAGUCGCUCUCGGCGCAGCUCGAAGCGCUGCGCGACGCCAAGCCCCCCGAAAACGUAUCGUCCGAGUGGGAGACCGUUGCGCGGUCCCAGAAAGCGUACGCGCACCAAGCAACCCUCGAGAACGCGCGGCUCAAGCGGGCGCUGGAAGACCAACUGCGACUCGCGGGCUCGCUACAGCAGAUCCUGUCAAAGCGGCCACGCCUCAUGAGGUUCCCGACCAUGGACUCGACCAGGCGCCGUCUGCGGACCAUGCCGAUCGAUCAAGCGAUGCGCGAGGCUGCCUUUCACACGCUAAUGGACGACACGUACGCGCAAGUCGAGUCGAUCCUCCGGACGAAAGGCCUGGCGACGGCGCCAGACGGCCACCAGUCGAUCACACUGGACACGACGUCGUCGAAUGAGACGAUUGGGAUCGACUGCAUGGGCGUGCGGAUCAUGGCCUCCGACUACAUUGCGAGUGCCCAGAAAUGCUGGGCAAUCUGGUGCGAGCCCGAGACGCGCCCACAUCUGCCCAACGUCCAGAUCGACAUCAAGAUCCUGGAUCGCUUUGGGCCAGACGCCACGUACUUUCAGGACCUUGGGUCCUGCGGCCAAGACAAGCCGUACAUGGUCAUGCUCAGCGGCAUGAAGCGCUUCUACGAGAGGGACGUCAUUGUCAUGAAAACGUUCCUCGAAGACGAGGCGUACCCACCCCCUCCAGAUAUGUUUAUCGGGGACCACACGGCGCUAUUCGUCCUGGAGCGGCUCGACGAUGGAACGUGCCGCCGCCGCAGCUGCCUCCUCGGCUGCUUGCCCAUCCAAAGCGUCGAGAUUGCUCAGUUCGCGGACCAACCGCCCAUGAUGGUGUGCGACUAUGUCCUCCACCACACGCGCGAGGUCUCGAAAGCGCUCGAGAGCUUUAUGAGCUAAAUAUCUAUCGGCUCGAUACCCAUGUACUCUACUAUUCAAUCAUCUAAUACACUGCCGCACGUC